ACCAGUGCAACAGAGAGCGCAGUUCACGCUUCAGAAGAGCCCUACCAUCACCCUUUAGGUGAGGUGAGGUGGAUUUCAGACAAAAAAUCAUCUACCGUUUCGUUUAUCUGCCAAAAAAGUUGACUUUCACCUUGAAUUAUUCAUAGCGGUUUCAAUCCAUUGAAGCUCGUUUCAUUUCGUUAGUCAAUCAAUUUACGUGGUCUUUCAUAUUAUAAGUGAAGUUGGUGAAAUAGGAUGAAGAAUAACGGACCCUUGAUGGCCUCAUCCAGGUCUAGUCCGGAUUUGAAUCUGUUUCAGGAAAUUGUUAUUCGGCUGGCAUUAUUUGCUAUAUACAUAUAUUUCGAAUUCAAGGAACCCUAUAUUCGCCAGAUUCAGCCGGAUGAAAUGUGGUUGUACAAAAAUCCACGCACCGAUAGUUACGUUCCUCUAACUACCCUCUAUCCGUCGACGUUUGGUUUAGUGGCAGUUGUAUUUUUUAUAUAUUACUUCCGUACCGGAGACUUUGCAGAGCUGAAAGCGGCUUGGUUAGGCCUAACUCUGGCUUGUGUCCUGAACGGAGUGGUGACACAUUCCAUUAAGGCAGCAGUUGGUCGUCCUAGGCCAGAUUUUUUCUGGCGUUGCUUCCCAGAUGGCAUAGCUAAUGAUGAGCUGCAAUGUACUGGUGAUAGCAGGGCUGUAAUGGAUGGGCGCAAAAGUUUUCCCAGCGGUCAUGCUUCUUUUGCCUUUGCUGCCCUGGGUUUUCUUUCUUGUUAUCUAUCUGCCAAACUGCAUGUUUUUACCGAAAGAGGCCGCGGCCAAUCGUGGAGGCUGUUGGUGGCAGGAGCUCCACUGUUUGCUGCUACGAUGAUUGCGAUAAGUCGUACUUGCGAUUAUCAUCAUCACUGGCAGGAUGUUACUAUCGGUUCCUUAAUAGGAAUCGUUGAAGCGUAUCUUUGCUACCGUCAGUAUUAUCCCCCCGUGGAAGACCGUUUUGGUUUUCUCGCAUACAUCAGUAAACGUCCAGCUCAAAAGUCUUGCCAAGCAGUUUGUGCAAACUCCUGCACAAACCACGUCGAAUCUCGUUCCGGUGAAAUGGAUACAGAGAAAAAAAUGCUGCUGGAUGCUGAAGAAAAGAGUGAUAAGUUAACUUGAAUGCUUGAAAGGUUGGUACGUUGCCCUAAAAUGUAACAUUGAUUUGCUGGUAGUACUGUGAUUGAUAAGCACAAGCUUUUGAUUUAUUUAAAACGAAUUUACAAACUUUACAAUAUAGACAACAGGUAAAAA